AUUUGUUGUGAGGUCAUUGCUGAACAUCCCCUGAAAAUUUCAAGUCUUUACGACCCCGGGAACUGGUAGAGUUAAUACCAUGGUCUGAAGAAGACAUCAAAGAUGAAUAGAAUGACAGUUGAAGAUAGUGGGAUAUCCCCUGAACCCAUCCCAGCUCCAACUCGACCGCUACCAAGAUCUUACAGAACUUAUGUCGACCAACAACGCAGAUGUCUUUCCAUGAAAUGCUCAAAGCAGGAUGGGUGUAGAUUAUGGCGUCAAAUGGUUCUUGGUUUUAUAACCACGGCCUGUGUUGGACUCAUUUUAUUAUUUUUAGGCUCAAUAUUUAUAGCUGAUGCUAUUAAAGAAAACAAUUCCAUGGCCGUUAUGCUGUGUGUUAUGGGAAUAGUAUGUGGAGGUAUUAUUAUAAUGGCUACUAUUAUAUUAGGUAAAAUGUGCAAGUUGUGUAUAUCCAGUAAAUCAAGAAAUGAAGAUGAGGCUCCAUUUCCACAACAACAAGGAGCUUGUUUCCAUACUUGUUCAGUUAUAUACACAAGAUCUACUGACCAGAUACCAGGUGUCGGAGUAGGAGAACUUCCACCAUCAUAUGAAUCUGUAGUACAUAAUACACAAGUACGCACCAACACUGGUACAGAUAUAAAUCUACAAGUACUGAAUUCCAGCACCACUGCUGAAAGUCAUUCACACACAAUCAUGGUUUUACCGCCAAAAUAUGAUGAUGUUGUCGCACCCUUGCCACCAUAUAAAGAUAUUCCAGAUCUCUCAGAAUGAUCAUUUUGGUAACAAUGACACUAUUCUUUACUAAUUAACUCACCACCAUUUUUGUACCAAGGUUCAUGGUUCACUAAGAGUCAUUUUUAUCAGGCCUUGUCAGGUUGGCAAUAAUGUUGUCAGGAUUAUAAUGUAUAUCUCUUAUUGUGAAGAAUUUUAAUACCUUGCCAGUUCAGAUUGUGCAGUUUUCAGACUACAUAUUUCUAAUUUGUCAAGGCUUAAAGGACAAUAUUGGUGCCAGUCAUUAUCACAUAUGUGAUAGAGCUGGUUAAACACAUUCCAAAUAUAAUUUUAACACAGAGAUCAUUGCUACGAUAGCUGAGUAAUACAGUUUUCCAGAAUCGGAAGUGACGAACGCCAAAGGAAAACACAAGCCAUCUCUCUAUAUAACUGACUGAUGUGACGAGUGAUAACGGAUAUACGGGCGAAUUUCUGCUCACUAAUAAUUCAUUUGAAGACCAAA